AUCCACUUCCGGGCCAUGUUGUCACUCCAGUAAUGUGUGCAUGUUUUGUAAACUCCGUAAACUGAGCCUGGACUAUGAUCUGUGCAGAAUGAACAUAUUAUGAAAACAGGUACAAAAAGGUAAAGGGGUGUGUCAACUGGAUUUGAGGUGUGAAAGAGAAAAGAAAACACAGGUUAUUGCAGGCAUUCAUUUUGGACUUUUUGGACCAAGGUAGUAAACAUGAGGUUGACUCCCAAGUUUUUACUGAAGAUUGGAGCAGUAGUCAUUACAUUGGUGUUUGUUGGACCUAUUCUUCUAUCACACUUGGAUUCCAAAGAGAGCCAUGCAGUAAGGAAGAAGGAUUUGGGCAAGAGCAAACAUGGAAAUUCUGUUCUCCAUCCUCCCGAAGGGCAAGCACGGAAGAAAAUUGAGUUUGAAGGACAGCAGCCUGGUCGCCGUGAAGCUGAUGAGAUAGAAGAAGUAGUUGACCAUCCUGGUAAUGUCCAGCAUAUGAACCAGAGAGAUGAAAAAGAAGAAGCUUUGCAUAAUGAAGAAAAAGAGCAAGAGAAACCCAAAGAGUAUGGGCCACAAGCAACACUUAGACCAGGAACCAUGGGCAACUUUGAACCUGAAACUAGGCCAAAGACUGGACCAGGAGAGAUGGGGGAACCUGUAUAUGUGAGCAUGUCUGAAAAAGCAGCGGCUGACAGAGCAAUCAGAGAAUUUGGUUUCAAUAUGAUUGCAAGUGAUAAGAUUGCCAUGGAUAGAAACAUCCCAGAUACAAGACCAGAUGAGUGUAAGUACUGGCAGUAUCCUGAGAAGUUGCCCACUGCCAGUGUCAUCUUGGUUUUUCACAAUGAGGGCUUCAGUACUCUAGUGAGAACAGUUCACAGUGUCAUUAACACUAGUCCCCCUCAUCUGCUGCGGGAAGUGGUCAUGGUGGAUGACUUCAGUGACAAAGAGCAUCUGCAAGGAAAACUGGAGGAUUACCUUCUGAAAAAUUUUAGAGAUCAAGUCAAGUUGUAUAGAAAUUCCAAGCGAGAAGGUCUCAUUCGCACUCGUACUUUAGGAGCAAAGUAUGCUAAAGGAGAUGUUAUAGUGUUUCUGGAUGCACAUUGUGAAUGUAAUAAAAACUGGCUUGUCCCUCUGUUGGCCAGAAUAGCAUAUGACAGAACAAUAAUGGCUGUACCUAUAGUUGAUGGCAUAGAUUGGAAUAAUUUCCGCUAUCACUCUGUUUAUGGCAGUUCUGGGGACCAUAGAGGAAUAUUUGAAUGGGGAUUUUUAUAUAAAGAAUCAAAAGUUCCUGAUAAAGAACUUGCUCGAAGAGAGCAUUCCAGUGAACCUUAUAGGUCUCCAACACAUGCAGGCGGAUUGUUUGCAAUGGACAGAAAAUACUUCUUUGAAUUAGGAGGUUAUGAUCCAGGAAUGAUGAUAUGGGGUGGCGAAAACUUCGAACUUUCUUUUAAGAUUUGGCAGUGUGGUGGGAGUAUUGAAUGGGUGCCAUGUUCUCAUGUAGGUCAUGUCUACAGGAAUCAUAUGCCAUAUGGAUUUGGAAAUAUCGAUGUGAAGAUUCCAGUUGUUUUACUUAAUUAUAUGAGAGUUGUAGAAGUUUGGUUAGAUGAUGAAUUCAAGGAGUAUUUUUACACCCGUGAGCCUACCAUCAGGGGAUACCCAAUUGGAAAUAUUUCUGAACAGCUGGAGUUUAAGAAAAAACACAAUUGUAAAAGUUUCAAAUGGUUUAUGGAUAAUAUUGCAUAUGAAAUAUAUGACCGUUUCCCACCACCUCCACCAAACAAGAAAUGGGGCGAGGUGAAAAAGAAUGGUCGCCUGUGCUGGGACACUAUGGGAGGUCAAGUGGGAAAUACUGUGGGCCUCAGUAUGUGCCACCAUUUUGGAGGAAACCAGCUGUUUAGACUGAAUACCAAAGGUCAGUUAGCAGUAGGAGAGCGGUGCAUUGAUCUGUCUGGUGGGCAACCUAAAGUUAUCUUCUGCUCAGUAAUGCCAACUGGACCAUGGGACUUUGAUGAGUCAACUCACCAGGUAAGGCACAAGACAAGGGGUCAGUGUGUCCAGGCAGAUGGGCAAAAUAUGAAGCUGGUCAUGGCAGCAUGUGACGCCUCAUUGGGAAACCAGAAGUGGGAAAUCAACGAAAUCCAAACCUGGAAACGGUGAACUUUGUGAUUCUUAGUAAAGUGGUCAGUCUGUUGGAGAAGAUGGGUUGUUGGAUGAUAAACGUAAUAUUUUUUGCUGACUGCAAACCAUUGCCGGUAUUUUUAUAUCUCUAGGGAGUUGUUUACACCACCAAAUCCAAGUUGUCAUACAAAAGAUGUAGUAUAAUUGAAUUAAUGUUUCAUUCUAGUCAUUAAUUGAAGGUGCCUCAAUACCCAUCUUAAAUUUAUAUGUGCAAGUUGUGUUGUGUAUAAAAAAAAACAGCAGUUUUGUGAAGAUUUGCAUAUAGAUUGACAUGCUGAGAUACUUUUUAUGCAAGUAUUAUAGUUUCUUUGAGAGGUAUUGGUUCCCAUUUAAUGUAGUCGACUGUACAGUAUGCUAGAAGACUAACAGUAUAAGGUGCAAUAUAUCACAUAUUGAACUGUGUUUAGGCCAUCAAAUGGCAUUUAGAUGUAGACAAACUUCAAGUAUAAUAUGCUUAACACAGAGACAGGGAAAAUUUCAGUACUGCACCGUCAUAUGUGAUUUAUUGGAAAAUGGCCCUAGGCUGUUUGGUUUGCUGUAGUUAUUAUUUUAAUGGGAUGGGUAAGAUGUAGAUUUUUAGAGAAUUUAUUUAUUAAGACCUGUAAUAAAAUGAUCUCUGUUUGUUGUGGGGAUUAGGACUGUUGUUAAUGUACAAUUGCAUAUACAUGUAUAGAAAUACAAAUAAGGUGUAAUGUAAAAUACUUUUAAAACAUGCACAUGACUAUUAUUUUUUCACUCGUACACACCUGGCACACAUGAACUAGAAGCAGCACAUCAGAAAUACAGGGCACAUUACACAGCUAGAUUAUGUUAAUAGAGGUGACACAGGUAAAAAGUUUCCCAUGAUGACUACACUUUUAUAUCAACCAGUGUGUUAAACUGAUUGUGAAAAUCUGGUAUUGUACAAAAGACAUUCUGUUAAUUACAUGACUGCAUGAUAUAAAAAGCAAUUGCUUUUUAACUAAGCAAAGAUAUACAAGAGAUAGAGUUUCAUGUCAACUGUAUUGUUAUUCUGACAAGAUGGGUAGUCUAAAUGUUCAGCCUAUCGAGUUUAGUGUAGUUCAGAUUGUGUAGAAUAAUCCUGUCACAUUUGAUAAGAAAUAUUUUAAUGUGUUGGGAUUUUAGAAAGUAAAAUAUAAUUGUGCUAUUAAAAUAGAUGUUGGAAUAGCUACUUAUGUACAGAAGGAAGAAGACGAAUUUAUAUAUAUGGGUUUUAUGUGAUAUUUUUUAUUGUACAGGUGAUGGUCCUUAUAUAUAAUGUACAUUUAUUUCAUCAACAUGUUUUGCCAAAUAGAAAACAUCUGUUAAAAAGUUUUGUUUAUGGGAAUAAAAUUGUUUAAACAGAA